CAAAGAGUAAAGUACUUUUUGAUGGAACGGAAACAUUAGGACAUCUCCUAUAUGUUAUUUGGUCUAUGACGGAAAACUUGUUUUCGAAUUUCAAACAACUCAAGUUCAACACGUCGGCGCGUGGUUAUAGUGUAAAUUUACUUUUGAACUUGUAUAAAGGUUUAAAGUGUUAUUCACGGUUAAUUAAUUUUUUGCAUUAUACAUCACUUUAAGUAUAGUUUUAAUCAUGCCUCUAUUUAGUGGACGUUGCUACAGUAAUAUAAAAUUGAUAGGAAAAACUGCGAUCGUAACAGGAUGCAAUACAGGGAUUGGAAAAGAAACGGUACUCGAUUUUUAUAAAAGAGGUGCAAAAGUAAUAAUGGCCUGCAGAAACAUCGAUAAAGCAGAGGCAGCAAAAACUGAUAUAGAAAAUACCUGCAAGGAUUUACCAGAAAAGGGUAAACUUGUUGUAGAAAAGUGCGACUUGUCCUCAAUGAGUUCUGUUAGAGAAUUUACGAAGAAAAUUUUAAAAUCAGAACCUCAUAUAAAUAUACUUGUAAAUAAUGCUGGUGUUAUGAUGUGCCCUAAGGGAGUAACAGAGGAUGGGUUUGAGAUUCAGCUGGGUACAAACCACUUGGCUCAUUUUCUCCUAACAAUGCUACUACUGCCUUGUAUAAGGAACAGUACGCCGGCAAGGAUUGUUACUGUGUCAUCUAGAGCUCAUACAAGGUAUGACAUAAACUUUGAUGAUUUGAACUACGAGACAAGACGUUAUAACUCAGCAGAAGCAUAUUCACAGAGUAAACUUGCAAAUGUGUUAUUUUCAAGAGAACUAGCAGCUAAGCUUAAGGCCCACAAUAUAGAGGGUGUAAACACAUACAGCCUUCAUCCCGGUGUUAUACGAACUGAAUUGGGAAGGCACAUGGAUGAGGUUCUGUUCAAAGGAGCCAGAAGAAUUAUCGGUGUGCUAUUCUAUCCGUUCUUCAAAACACCGGUACUUGGCGCUCAAACGACCAUAUACUGCGCCGUGGAUGAAAAAUGCGCGAACGAAACUGGAUUAUACUACAGCGACUGCGUGGUAACAACUCCGGACAGAAAAGCGCUUAAUGAUGAAUACGCGAAGAAAUUGUGGGAAAAGUCAGUGGAACUUGUGAGAUUAGGAGAUUUUGAUCCAUUUACUGCAGUUCAUUCUGGUGCUGCCAGUAAAUAAAUUAAAUCUUUAUUUUCUGACAAUAAAAUAUUAUGACAUCAGUGUAACUUGUAGAGACUUAACAUAAACCUGUGAUCAUUCUUUGAUUUAUUAAUUUUUUGUGUAAUGUUAAGUGUUGUAACAUUGUUAUAAGACAUCUAAGUAUUAUAUUUUUAGAAAUGUCAAUAUACUCAAGUAAUUAUUUUGCACAUACUGAUAAUGUUUUUUACACGAUUUUUACAAAUAAAAUAUGUUCAUAAUAUA